AUGGCCAGGCUGCAGGCGCUGGUGCAGCGCGUGCUGCGUGCACUGGUGUGGCGGGCACUACACGCACUGCUCUGCCCGCACCGUAUGCUCAUCUCGGCGCUGCGCGUGUACCCGGGCACCUGGAGCUGGAUUUGGCGGCUUCCCAAGCCUCUGGCGAACCGUGGGAACCCUCGUCGCAGUCCCUGCCCGCACCCGCUCCUGCACCCUCACUUGCACCGCCUCCCACACAGGGACCCUGCGCUGGCAGCUAUGCGCCCUGGGCUGAGCUGGCGCGCCGACGGCCGGACCCUGCACAAACUGCCGGUGCACUUGACUCUGCUGAUCACAGAGCUGGAGCACAACUUCUCGGACGUGGCGAGCAUCGUGGUGUGGUGCGUGGCCGCGGGGAUCUCCUACGUUAGCGUCUACGACCACCAAGGUAUUUUCAAGAGAAAUAAUUCCAGACUGAUGGAGGAAAUUUUAAAACGACGACAGGAACUUUCGGGCUUAGAUUGUUUCAGAUACUCAGCAGAGUUGGAAGAGAGUAAUGACAAAGACGGUCUAGUUUUAAAUUGCCGGUCGGCAGUGCAGGUGCUGUCCCCAGAAGACGGAAAAGCAGACGUAGUGAGAGCCGCCCAGGACUUCUGCCAGUUGGUGGCGCAGCAGCGACGGAGAGCCAGAGAUCUGAACGUGGACGUGUUUGACAGCUUGCUUCGUUCCCAGGGCUUCCCGGAUCCGGAUUUAGUACUGAAGUUUGGUUCUGUGGACAGCACACUAGGCUUUCUCCCUUGGCAAAUCAGACUGACUGAGAUCAUCUCCUUGCCAUCUCACCUCAACCUCAGUUACGAGGACUUCUUCUCUGCCCUUUGUCUGUACGCGGGGAGCGAACCGCGUCUGGGAAAGUAG